CUGGCUGGCUAUGGCGAUUAGGGGUUCACUCUCUGUCUCUCUCUUACCCUUUACCCCGCCCCAGCGACUUGCUACGGCACCGAAUCUGCUUCUCUCUCUCUUGUUGCGUUGCGGGAUUUCGAAGCAUUAUGGCGAUGGCAGCUGCUGCAGCGUGCACCGCGGUCACCCCCUUGGCUGCUACAGGUGCUGCUGCUGCGACUGCACCUUCGGCAAGGUGGAGUGCUGGAUCGUUGAGGAUGUCCCUUCCGUGCGCCUUCGUCUCAUCUGAGGUACAUGCUUCGAGCUCCAGCAUUGCAUUCAAUGAUGGUAGGAUUCUUCUGCGAACGGCAGCAAGGCCCGUCGAAAGGCGCAGGCAAGGUCGAUUUGAAGUGUGCGGUCUUUUUGGACUUGGUGUCCCUGAGCUUGCAGUCAUUGCCGGAGUGGCCGCCCUUGUGUUCGGCCCAAAGCAGCUCCCCGCCAUAGGCAAGAGUCUUGGCAAAACUGUGAAGAGCUUUCAGACGGCGGCGAAAGAGUUCGAAUCAGAAAUUUCCAAGGCAAAGGAGUCUGGCGAGGAAGGACAGGACAGCACUGCAGUAGGAGAGACGCCCAAGGAGGGAGUUGUAACGUCACCGAAGAAUUCUGAAACGGAUUCUAAUUCCAGUUGAUGGUACAAGGUUUUGUUAUCCGAUCCUAGAAUCUGUAAUAUUGUUAUUGAAGCCUAGUCUUGUAUUGGAGAUGACCAAGUCAAACCUUGCCGAAACCUGUUUCUUCCAAGUGACGCUGUGUGUAACUGACGAGUUUUUAAGUUUGGAGACCACAAAUGCAUUCGUCAUCUUCUAUGGUGGUUAUUCUGGUGAUACCCUCAUGGUUUGUGUAGGUGAGCUGUGAGGAUCAUUUGACGUAUUUUGCUGUCCUGAUGCAAUUAUCAUUUUUCUAUUGUGGAAUGAGAUCCACUUUACGAGACUUGUCAUGAUCUGCAUUUACUCUCUCGUCCUACAAAUUUCAGUUUCAGAAGAGGCUAAUUUCUCUUAGUAUGUACCGAACUGGUUAUUAUCUCAAAAACAAGUAUUUAUUUCAUCA